CUUGUAGAAGACGUCAUCAGCAAAAUCUCUGAUAAAACAUUUGAUUUGUUUGAGAAUCCAUACAAGCUCAAAAUGAAGAAGCACCUGACGGUUCUCAAUGUUCUCAUUUUCAUGAUGAUCAUAAAACACGCUCUCUGCGGCGGACACAGCUCAUGGUACCGAAGCAGUAGCGGGAGGAGCUCAAUGCGGAGCAGUGUAAGACUUCACGGUGGACGACAGUUUACAAGCAGCAGUGGCAGUACCAGCAGCAUGUGUGGCGGUGCCUAUUUUAGUAGCAUGAGUGGGAUGAGCGGUAGUACAGGCAACGAAGACAUUAGUGCUAUGCUGUCUUCUCGUCGGUACAUAAGCAGGACUCCCCCGGAGUCAUCAGAGGAACAGCAAACCAACAGCAAUGAAAAUUCAUGUAGCCUGACUGAUUGUUUGCCGUACAUCAAAACACAGGAGGUAAUUGAGCUUAGCUGGUCGCAAAAACGAGAGGCUUUCUGCAAGACACCAUUCAUAAAUACCUGGCGUGAUGCGGAUAAACUUCUGCAAGCGUCAAGCACUAUUCUGCACACUCCAAUCGUCACGCUCAAUUCGGAACAGAAAUCUAAAAUCUUAUCCCGCUAUGGGAACUAUUUCCACGAUCCCGAUCGAACGCCACCCAUACCAUCUACAACUAUCCCACCUCAUCAUCGAGAGAAGCGUAGCUCUAGCGUCAAUGUCUGCCCGAGAGAAGAGCUAUGGGAUGCACUGGUUUUGGCUCUUACCGAUGACGAUGAGCUUAUUCAAGUUAUACAGAUCGCUGAUGCCACGCAAUGGAUCCUAAUGGAAAGGUGUGCGCAGACUCAUUGUAACUUCGUAUCAAGCUGUCAGUGCACGCACCACACCCGUCUCGUACGUGCAGCGGUCAUCAGUUUUGACCAAUCACAGGUGGUGGAGAGAUAUAUCAAAGUGUACUGUUGUAUUGGACAGAUAUUGUUUUAAAAUCACUUUCCGGUCAGCAUAGAGGUCAAUCACAAAGGGACCCGAAGUCUAGGUUCAGUAACAACCCGGGAGUUUUUAGAGUGUAGAAACACUUGUCGGCUGAGGUCGGCUGAGGUAGGAAUAAUUAUGGGAAAACAACAAUUGUGGAAAUAAAACUAGGGUAUUCACAAAGAUAUCAUGCCAAGUUCAUGUACUGCCCUUUUGUUUUCACUGUAUAAGUCACUGCAUGGUCGUUAGCCUGAUAAUAAAGUGUAUGUUUAGUAACGUAGUAUAGUAUGUAGGUGCAAAUUCAACUAAACUAUUGAUUGUUCACUUGGGAUGGCUUAAUUAGUUUUCAAUUCAAUGUUUUAUUGCUAGUCAACUUUCGCAGAAAGGGAAAUGGCAGACUCUUUUUACCUAGAGGAUAAAACAUAACACAAAUUCAAAAUAUGACAUUGGUGGUUCCCCUGUUUGUUGAACUGUUUCUUAGGGCACUAGACACUUUUGGUAAUUACUCAAAAUAAUUGCUUGCAUAAAAACUUAUUUCGAGCAAUGAAGAGCUGUUGA